UGCGCUUCUCUCUUGCACCCCUGAGAGAGCAGGAGCCACCAGAGCCGCCGGGGCAGCACAGAGCAUGGCCCAGAGCGUGGUCUACGCCGACCUGAAGUUCACAGCAUCCCCACCGCUGGCCGUGCCCUCCUGCCCCCCAGCCCCUGAUGAGGACGACAGCCCCUACGAGAACGUGCUGCUGGGGACGGUGCCUGCAGAGCCCAGCCCAGGGCGAUGUCCCCGGCGCUGGCGUGUCCCCAUGGGGCCGCUGGCCACCAGCCUGCUGGUGCUGCUGGUGCUGCUGGUGGUGGGUACCGUGGCCCUGGGGACCUGCUACUGGCAGGUCACCCGCAGCCUGCGGGACGCCUCCCGGGAGCACGCGGCCGAGCAGGGCCGCCUGGAGCAGGAGCUGAGCGCCCGGGAGCAGCGCCUGGAGCAGACGCGGCUGGAGCUGGGGAGGGCCAGAGCGGAGCUGGGGCGCGCCUGGCGGGACGGCAACAGCAGCCGAGCGGCGCUGGAGCGGCAGGACAUGGAGCUGGGGCGCGCCAGGCAGGAGCUGGCCGAGCUGCACAGGGAUGUGCAGCGCCUGCAGGGAGAGCUCAACAACAGCCAGAGCACCGUGGCCAGCCUGCGCGCCUGCGUGAACACGGAGUGCUGCCCCUCGGGCUGGGUGCUCUACAGGGGCAAGUGCCUCUUCAUCUCCGUGGAGAGCAAGACGUGGAGGGACAGCCAUCAAUACUGCCAGAGGACAUCCGCCCAGCUGCUGGUCCAAGCCGACUGGGCAUCGUGGACAGCGCCGGUACAGAGCAGAGGGGCUGCAGCACCGCAGGGCUGGGGGCAAUGCUGGGGUGGGCAGAUCCAGCAGCAGCAGCGCUGCAGAGGUGCUGGGUGGCACCGCCAGAUCCAGGACUCUCGGGCACCCGCGUUGGCAGCUCCCAUCCUGCCCUUCCUCCUGCCUCCAUCACCUGCUCAGGUCUUUGGGCUGGGCCUUGCCUACGGAGGAUGCAGGCAGCAGUGCCUUCAGCAUGGAGAAGCUGCUGUGGAGCCCUGA